GACCGGUGGGUGUCACCAGAAUUUUGAAAUUACUGAGACUCUUUUGAACUCCUUCAACAACAUAGUAAUACAUAGCAUGUGUCAAGGCAUUGCCUACUUGUCGACAGUCAAAGUUACACCCCUUUGGUAGGCUCAAAGUUGAAUAUCGUGCUUGGAGGCGCUGCAGCGGCUGGUGCAAAUGCCAGGUACGAAAGCUCAUAUGGCUCCCCUGAUAUUCUUUACUGUCCAUAUCCCAUGUUUGGUUUAUGACUUCGCUGCACAGCCGAUUGCGGUGCAGAUUUGCCAGGUUGAAGCAGCUCACAGGCUCAACAUGCGCAACACGGGUAGAGCCUGAAGCUGAAGCAGGCUUGUGGCGUGGUUGAGCCCUGUCGAGGCCGCCAGGGCCCAGGGCCCAUGGACCACCCGACUGCCCCCCUCACCGCAACCCCCGGCGACGACCCUCCACACGCACCCUUGCCCGAUGCGCCGGAUGUCGCCGCUCAACCCAACCAUCAUCAGUCGCGGCAAUCUCACCAGCAGCAGGAGCAGCAGGAAGACGACCCGAAUGGCCCCGGCUUCUGGCCGCCUGGGCUUGCUAGCUCUGCUCUGGCGGCAGCUGCUGGCGCGGACCUGGCGAUGUUGACCGCCCGCCUGCACAGCGCCCUGGCCGCAGUGGGACUGCUGGGCGCACUGGUCGGAGGCAGCGGGGGCAGCGGGGGCGGCAGUGGCGGCAGUGGCGGCAGCGGCGGCAGCGGUGUCGGUGGGUCGGCACAGGAGUCGAACCAGGGAGCCGCACCCGCCGCGGCUGGUGCUGUGACGGCUUUGGGGCCUAAGCGCUUGCGGCCGCAGCCUCUGGCGGAGGGGCAGCAGCAGCAGCAUCCAUGCAACGGGGAGGAGGGCCGAGACUCACAGCAGAAACAGGAGGGGCUGGGAGAGGAGCUGCCGCCGCCGGCGCCGGCGGAGCCGCCCCUCCGCCGCAUGGCACGAGUCAUCCGCGGCGGCAGCGGCAGCGCCACCGCCGCCGUGCUAGCCCCGAUGCCAGCGGGCUUCAUGGCGCCCGCUAUGCCGACGGCGAUGCCUCCGCUUGCCGCCCGAGACGGCGGCCACGCCGCCCUCGUGCCGACGCCUGCGCUCGCGCCUGCGCCGACGCCGCUAGCGAUGCUGGUGCGGGCCGCGGGCGGCGAGGUUGCACGGCUUGGCGGCGAGCGGGCGGUGCUUGGCGCCACGCGGCGUGUUUACGAGGACUGGUUCAGUUUGGACUCGGGCGACGAAUCGGGCAGCGGCAGUGACACGGAGAGCGACGGCGGCUGGCGUACGGGGGGCGCGGGAGGCUCGUCGGACGGGGAGGAGGGUAGCGAGGAGGAGCGCGGGAGCGAGCAGGCAAGCAGUGACAGCGAGGCGCAUGAGGAGGAUGAGGAGGAGAGGGAGGUGGGAAGGAGCUUCAGGGCGGCGGCAAGGCCGCCGGCGCCGACGCAGGCCGCAGCGCCGAAGGCGCCCGGUGCCGGUGCCGGCGCUCCGCGCGGCGGAGGUGGCGGUGGCGGAGGUGGAGGCGCCAGCAAAAAGAAGAAGCGGCGGCGGGGUGGUGAUGACAGCGACAGUGAUGUGUCUUGGCACGCGGGCGGCGGCGACGAUGAUGAUGACGAUGAGGACUUUGUGUUGUUUGACGGCCGAUCCGCAAAAGGGCGUGGCGGCGGGGGCCCGGGCGGGGCCGGCGGGGGUGGCGGCGCCAAGCGUGCUCGCGGAGGCAGUGCCCCGGCGGCGGGGGGCCGCGGCGCGGCGGCGGCGAGGCCGGCCGGCGGGCAGGCCGGUCGCAGCGGUCGCGGCGCGGGCAUGGGGCCGGCGGCGGCGGCGGCAGCAGCUGGCGGCGCGGUCUCAGGCCUGUCGCUCCUGACGCCGCAGCAGCAGGCGAAUGUGGCGGCGGUGGCGGCGGCGUUGGGUCUGCCGCCCGCUGCCUGCGCCGCCAUCCUCUCCACCCUCGCCACCUCUGGCACCGGCCCAGCCGGCACCGCCGCCGCAGCCGCGGCCGCGGCGGCCACCGCCACUGCCGCCAACGGCGGCGGCACCAAGCCGCGCCCGGGCGGCGGCAGCGCCUCCGCCUCCGCCGUGCCCGCCGCGGCCGCGGCUGCUGGUGGUGGUGCUGCUGCUUACGGCGACGAAUCCGACGGCUCUGCCGCGGACGAUUCUGGUGACGAGGGCGGCGGCGGCAAGGCGGCCUCCAACCGGGGCAAGGGCGUUCGGUUGAUCAGUUGGCACGGACAUUUGGAGGCGGCCUUCCUUCGCAUCGUGUCGGAGCUGGGCGUAGCUGGCGCCACGUCAUCCGUGAUCCUGAAGCGCCUGAAAUCGGAUCCGGGGGUGGCGGCGGCGCUGAGAUCCGAAUCCGCCGGCAGCCUGGAGCUGGAGUACAAGCACGUGACUAGCCACGUCCAGAAGCACCGCCAGAAGCUGCGGCGGCGGGCGGGUGUGGCCAAGGGGGUGCCAAUGACGCCGGAGGUGGCGGCGGCCAUGCAGCGCGCACACGAGGAAAUACGUGCGGCAUACGACCCCGUGGGCCCACCGCAGCGGCCGCGAACCGCCACCGGCGCCUUCGCCGCCUCCCUCACCGCCUCCAACCCCAACGGCGACACCACACCCGAAGUCUCCCCCUCCACCACCCCGCCGCCCGCUCUGGCAGCCGCCAAGGCAGCCGCCGCCGCCAUUGCGGCGCAGCUGGCGGCGGCGCAGCCGCCACAGCCGCCGCAGGCGGCAAAGGCGGAGGCGGGCGGCUCCGCCGCCUCCGCACGCGGCUCGGACCCCAGCGCGACUGCACUGCUUGCCAACAACCUCCUUCAGGCUAUCACCACGAAUGCGGCCACCGCCGCCGCGGCAAGCGCCGCCGGCACGGGGCCAGCUGUCGCCGGCGCAGCGGUGCGAGGCGUGGGUGCAGGCGCAGGGCCAGGAGGAGCGGCGGCUGCGGGAGGGGGAGCAGCGGCUGCAGCGGGUGUGCCCAACAACAACAUGACUACCAUGCUGGGGGCCGCAAUGGCGCAGCAGCUAUCAGCAUACGCAGCAGCUGUGCAGAAGCAGCGGGCCAGCGGCGGCGGCGGCGCCGCCGCCGCCGCCCCGGACCCGGCCAUGGCUGCAGCACCCGCCGGCGCUGCAGCCGUUGCGCCCGCGGCGACGCGCAUUCCGGGAAUGCCGGGUGUGCCUGCAGCGGCCGUGGGGAGCCGGGCCGGGCUGGCGGCGGCGGCGGGGCCUCUCGGCCUUGGCACGCUGUUUCAAAACCGGGCCCUCGCCAUGCAGCAGCAUCAACAGCAGCAGCAGGAGGCACCGGCGGACGGCCCUGGUCCCCAGCCUCUGACAGAGCCGGCGUCGGCAGUAGCGGCUGUGCCAUCGGCGACGGGGGCGGCUGGAGCACCGGUGCCAGCUACGGCUGACGCGGCAGGCGCUGCCGCCCCUGCAAGGGCAGGUUCGUAGCGGCACGUGGUGUUUGGUGGCGACCGGGGGUGGGCUGUGCCGCAGACGGACAUGUACGAGUCAGGAUUGCACUGCAUCUGGCCUUCGGGGAAGGCGGAGUUUGUUGUUGGGCCUUGCGUGAGGGUGAGCUGAUGGACUGAAGGUGGCCAUGCAACAAUGGUUCUUGUUUGCGUGAAUAGCCGUCUGAAGGCGCUGUGAUUGUGUGCGCGUGACGGUGUCUGAGGUGCUAGUGACCCUGCGCUAGUUCUUGGCUGGGGAUGAGCUGGGCUGCGCGCACCGCUCCUCUAAACGUAUCAGGUCGCAAUCCUGCACGCCGUACACGUUGAUACGCCGUCGUCCUGUGGCUCUCCCUCCAGCUGUUUGGUUGUGGCCGAGAGCCUGUCUGAUUGUUUCGACAUUCUAUGUUUCAUCAUGCAAGAAGAUGUGCUUACAUUGUCCCGACCGCACGACGCAUGGCAAAGUGAUUGCGCUGGCGGUCGGGCCUCCGACUGGCACAAGGCUGUACCGUAUGCUUGGCGCGCGCGUGUGUGUGUGUGAGCUUGUGAAGCUUUAUGCAAUACAUGAAGCUGAGGGUGACCGGGUUAGGAAGCCACGGUGUUUAUGCGUAACGGGGCCUCUGUUCAGACACUCUCCCACAUGGCUUUGGCACAGCACACCACCACGCGACACAAUGCACAGAGGGCGUAGACCGGCGCCCCAGCUAACGCACCUCAAGCCCUCAACGGGGCUGUUACCGGCUGUACGUAUGGGUGAUUGGCCUGGUGGGCAGUCGGGGGUGGCUCGCGGUUGGGAGUGUAGGCUGGUGCCUGAAGCACGUGUGGGGAGCUGCAGACGACUCGGAGGGGUUGUCGGCCAGCUUGUGGCUGGUGCGAUUGCGUUGUUUACACGAAGGACCUGCUGAGUGGGCUGACGCAGCUCACGAGCCAGCAAGCACGCACUGGUAGGGGCUGUAGGGCUGUAGGGCGGACGCCUACCCCAGGCCUCAGGGGCGUGCCACCUGCAGCGCCGACAGCUAGAGCUACCCGAUGCCUCGGGGCCUCAUGGGGUUGCAGGACCCGAUGCCAUCAGUUCCAUGGGAGCGCCACACACACGACAGCAGGCACCCACAGCGCGAGGAUACAGUUGCAGGAAGUGAGGUGCAGGUUAGGGCCCUUAGGGGGUGAUCGUUUGUGCACUUGUGCAGGCACGGGGCUGCCGCUCAAAGUGUGCCACUCAGACCAGGUUGCGCCCCUGACCGGGACUGCCGCAUCACCCGCACACGCAUGCACGCCCUUGCAUGCCGGUCCUGCGGCGCGGGUGACCGCCACGGCGCCUGGCCCUCUCAUUGUGUCUAACCCUGAUUCCUGUACUCAUCGGGGCGUGAGUUCCGGGCUAAGGCAGCGUCCGGGGCUUCUAAGGUGCAUGCGCAAUUGUAGCACGCCACGGUUGAGGCGCGUUGGGGGUUGCAGGGUUGCCUAGUUCGUAGUACGCGUACUAUGUACCACGUACUGUACUACGUACUGUACGCUGCCCUCGUCGGCUAGUACGUUGGAAAAUACGUUGUGCUGGGGAAACCAGCGGGGUGGGCCGUGGCAGCGCCGUGGCUGGGCGAGGGGCGCGAGGGGUGCUGGAAAGGAUGUCCGUCGAAGUUUGCGAACCAUGGCUGCUCUCCGCACUGCAGCUGUGUUCUCUUACAACAAUAUGAGCAUAAUAAGUUGAAGGAAAUUCCGCUAGAAGACUGUGACCGCGCAAAUCCAGAUUCACACCGAUUCGGGCAUGGUGCGGGCACGCGUGCCGUGUUUGCGUCGGCUUCCCCCCCGGAU